AUGACCAAGAUGACGAGUUUUAUGCGUGUCACCAAGUUGCCCAAGACACGUGGAAAGAAAGUGGGUGCAUCGCAUCCUGGCGUAAAGCAGCAAGUGAGGAGAGACGCUCUUGUAGAUCAGAAGGAGACAACGGGGCUGAGCGAUGAGGAAGCAAAAGCGCAUGUGCCAACUUUUAUCUACAAAGCGGUCAAGUAUCAAUCCAGCCACGAGGAGCAUGAGGUGUCGGCGGAGAUGAAGACCGUUCUCGCGUACAUCAAGAAAUUCUACGACGUGCCAAACAAUUUCGAGCGGGACGCCAAGUUUGGCUGCCACAGCGGCUUGACGUACGAGAAGCGGGUGGCCAGAGCGUACGCAAUGGGUCAGCUGACGCGCAAGCCUGUGAAAGCAGGAGAAGAUGCUGCACCACAGCCUAUUUGCUUGACGUGUGCCAAGGUAGGACACACGUACAAAAGCUGUCCUGAAGGCUUCUAA